AUGGCGGCAAAAUCGGCUGAUUACCACUUCACCCACAGCCCAGAAUCAGACAGGAUAGCCAUCGACUACAUUGAGGUGGAGCGCAAGAACAACGCAACACCCUUUGACACUGCUUGGAUCAGAGCCUCUGAAGAGUGGAAGUACAGGAGGUCAGAGGUCAGCAUUCCUGAGGGACUGCUAGAGGAGCACAUCAUAGCAGUCCUAUGCUACACUUUAGACGAGCCACCUCUCUACAGGUACUUGAAUCAAGCCAUAAGAAACUAUGGUGUGAGUGAUGAAGUAUAUUCCAAGUGCUUCCAUUACAAAAGUCUGCACUAUCUCCUGUCAGUUACUCUCAGCGUAUUAUGGAACAGCACUUGGAGUCUUGCUGAAGGAACAGAGGUCUACAGAGGGAUGGACAGGAAGGUACAGGUCAGCGAGGGAGCAAACAUUCGUUUUGGACAGUUUGCUUCCACAUCUUUGGACCUAACGCAGUCUGUUUCAACCUUCACUGACAGCGAUGCAGAUACUAAUACUCUCUUCAACAUCACUACAGUGCAUGGUGUUGCUAUCCAGAAUCUCUCCUUCUUCCGCAGAGAAGAGGAGGUGCUCAUCCCGCCUUAUGAAGUGUUUAAAGUUGUCAAAGUGGUAGACUGGGAAGGUGAAUAUGGGGUCCUGGGUGCUAACAUUGUCCUUUCUUCCAUUGGGACUCAACAGACAGAGGUGCGGAUGGAGUUGGAUGAUCUUGGACACCUGCAGGUGGUGAGGGUGCUGGAAGCUGCCUCUCCUUGGUGGAUCUCCAUUUUGGUCAUUCUGCUGGUCCUGUUGCUUGCUGCCUGCAUUAUGCUUGUGGUGAAGCAGAAGCUCAUUACUGGCUGA